GAAAAAGACUAGAGCUAUCUUUUCUGCAGAAUACCUGGAUUUUCUUUGAUGGAAGGCACCUGGAUGCAGUGGCACUGUAAGCAGCUGGUUCAAGUCAUCUCCUCACAUCUUCUGGAGGAGAUUUUGGGUUCCAUGAGGAAGCAGGAAGUACUGAGAGAGGAGGAGUUUAGCCUUAUUCAGGGGGCCAGUUCCCCCACCCAGAAGGUGAAGGUGCUCAUCGAUCUGCUGGCUGGGAAGGGCAGCCAGGGCUCCCAGGCUGGACAGGACUUCAUUGAGAAUUCUACUGCCCAGCUCAGCAUCCACAGUACUGCCCAUGAUUCUGGGAUGCAGAAGCACUUGGAGGUUCUCUUGAGCAAAUAUCGUGUCAGCGUGGACAUAGGCCUCCUGUCUGAGAACACUGCCUCAGAAAGAUUGACCAACUUAUUGUUAGUGGAGGGCUUGACCGAUCUCCAAAUAAAAGAACAUGACUUCACCCAGAUUGAAGCCACUCGGGGCCAGAGGCAUGUGUCCAAAACAAUCCCUCUUGAGCGACUGUUUCUACCUCUCUCCAAAGUCUCAAUUCCUCCCCGGAUCUCUCUGACUGUUGGGGUCGCUGGCAUUGGCAAGACUACUCUGGUGACUCAGUAUGUCUCCAUGUGGGCCCACGGGGAGAUCAGUAAGGACAUCUCUCUGGUGCUGCCUUUGAAUUUCCGGGAACUCAACAUUUAUGAGAAGCUAUCUGCAGAGAAACUUAUCCUCUCAGCCUUUCCCCACAUGGGUGAGACAGGGCUGACAUACUUAGGUUCCAAGCAGGUGCUGAUGAUUCUAGACGGACUGGAUGAAUUUAAAGUCCCUCUGGAUUUUUCCAACACGGUGGCUUGCACAGAUCCUAAGAAAGAGAUCCCAGUGGACAAUCUUAUCACUAACAUCAUCCGUGGGAACCUGUUUCCAAAAGUUUCGGUCUGGGUGACAUCCCGCCCAACAGCUGCCAGCCAGAUUCCAGGGGGGUUGGUGGACCGGAUGACUGAGAUCCGGGGAUUCACUGAGGUGGAGAUCCAGAACUAUUUGAACCAGAUGUUUCCUGAGAGUCAUGACCUCCCUGGCCAAAUCCUGAGUCAAGUCCAGGCCAACAAGGCCCUGUAUCUGAUGUGCACAGUCCCUUCCUUCUGCCGGCUGUGUGGGACAGUGCUGGGUUACCUGCUCAGGAAUGGGCUGGGAUGCCAAACCUCAGAGUUGGCACCUCCAAGGACCCUCUCCGAGAUCUACUCAUGGUACUUCAAGAUGGCGCUAUGUGGGGAGGGACAGGACAAGCUGAGGGAAAGCCCAAAGAUUGAGCAGGCUGUCCACAGUGGCAGGAAGAUGAUGGGGACCUUGGGCCGACUGGCCUUCCACGGCCUCCUCAGAAAGAAGUAUGUGUUUUAUGAACAGGACAUGAAGGCUUUUGGUGUUGACCUACCCCUCUUACAGAGCAGCCUGUGCGGACGCUUCCUCCUCCGGGAAGAAACCCCAGCGUCCUCUGCCUACUGCUUCAUCCACCUCACCUUGCAAGAAUUUGCAGCUGCUGCUUAUUACUACAGUGCAGCCAAGAGGGCAAUCUUUGACCUCUUCACAGAGAGCGGCAUGUCCUGGCCCAAGCUUGGCUUCCUCACCCACUUCAGGAACGCCGUUCAGCGGGCACUCCAGGAGGAUGGUGGGCAGUUGGAUGUAUUUUUACGCUUCCUGUCGGGUCUCCUCUCCCCACAGGUCAACUCACUGCUGGCUGGCUGGUUCCUGGGGCGGGAUGAGCACAGCAGCUACCGGGCCCAGGCUGUGGCCCACCUGCAGGGCUACCUCAGGGCCGAUGCCCCUAUUUCCUCUCGCACUGUGAAUGCCCUACGGUGCCUGCACGAGCUGCAGCACACGGAGCUGGCCAGGACGGUGGAGGAGGCUCUGGAGAGUGAAAGCCUGGCUGGGCUGUUGGACCCCAUGCACCGCUCGGCUCUGGCCUACCUCUUGCAGGUCUCUGAGGUCUGUGCCCGGGAGACCAACCUUACCAGGUGCCUCAACUAUGCCAUCCUCAAGAGCCUGCUGCCCCAGCUCCUCUACUGCAGGAACCUCAGGCUGGAUAACAACCAGUUUCAAGACAGUGUGAUGGAGCUGCUGGGCAGUGUACUGAGCAGCAAGGAUUGUCACAUUCAGAAGAUCAGCUUGGCUGAGAAUCAGAUCCACAACAAAGGGGCCAAAGCUCUGGCCAGAUCCCUCCUGGUCAACAGAAGCCUGACGGUCUUGGAUCUUCGAAGUAAUUCCAUCGGACCACAAGGAGCCAAGGCCUUGGCAGAUUCUUUGAAGAUUAACCGUGUCUUGAUGUCCCUGAGCCUCCAGAAUAAUAUCAUCAAGGAUGAUGGUGCCAAGUUCCUUGCAGAUGCCCUGAUGGUGAACCACAUGCUCUCCAUGUUGCACCUACAAAAGAAUGCCAUUGGGCCUCCUGGAGCCAAGCCGAUUGCAGAUGCCCUAAAGAAAAAUGGGAGCCUGAAGGAACUCAUGUUCUCUAGUAACAGUGUUGGGAAUGAUGGUGCCAAAGCUCUGGCAGAAGCACUGAAGGUGAACCAAGGCCUUCUUACCCUGGACCUUCAGAGCAAUUCCAUCAGUGAUGCUGGGGUGGCUGCCUUGACACAUGCUCUCUGCUCAAAUCAGACUCUCCUCAGUCUUAACCUCCGUGAAAACUCCAUCAGUGCAGAGGGAGCUCGGAAGAUUGCAGGUGCUCUGCGCAGCAAUCGGGCCCUCCAGAACUUGGACUUGACAGCCAACCUUCUUCAUGAUGAUGGAGCGCAGGCCAUUGCAGUGGCGGUGAAAGAGAACCGAGUACUCAGAACCCUCCACUUACAAUGGAACUUCAUCCAGGCCAAUGCGGCCAAGGCCCUGGGCCAAGCACUACAAUUCAACCAAAGCCUGACCAGCUUAGAUUUGCAGGAAAAUGCAAUUGGAGAUGAAGGCAUCAUGGCUCUUGCCAGGGCACUGAAGAUAAACACGACCCUCACAGCUCUCUAUCUUCAGGUGGCAUCGAUUGGUGUGCUUGGGGCCCAGGCCCUAGGCGAUGCCUUGGCUGUGAACAAGACCUUGGAAAUCUUGGACUUAAGAGGAAACAACAUUAGGGCUGCUGGAGCAAAGGCCAUGGCAAAUGCCCUGAAGAUAAACCCCAGUCUCCGGAUGCUCAAUCUUCAAGAGAACUCCUUAGGAAUGGAUGGCGCCAUCUUCAUCGCCACUGCACUCUCCAGCAACCAUGGGCUCCAGCAUGUCAAUCUCCAGGGAAACCACAUUGGAGAAUCAGGUGCCAGGAUGAUAUCAGAAGCCAUCAAGACAAAUGCCCCAGAUUGUAUUGUUGAAAUGUGAUCCAUAAUUUCUGGUGGGACUUUCUGAUGGACUGAGCAGAAC